AUGGCGAUUCGUCGACCUAACACUGCUGGCAAAGAGAGAAGAUCUCCAGAACAAGGUGUGGAGGAUCCGAGGUCCUCCCCCACGCCUGGACCACCCAGUCCACAGAAUAAUGGCACAACAGCCACGUUGUCAUCAACGGAGUCCCUCUCACCACCUCUAGCAGAAGGAUCCAGGUCCGCUCCAGCGCUGCAGCGGUUGCGCCGCUUCCUGUCAGCGCUGCAGCAGUUUGCUGCAGACGUUGGCGUGGACACUGGUGAAAGGGUGCGUCAGCUGAUAUACAAUCUUGUUUCCGGGACGCUGAAUAUAGAAGAGUUCCAGGCCGGAGUCCAGGAGUGCACCAACUACCCUCUUCGAGCUUCAGUUCCUGGUUUCCUUCGGGCGUUGCUGCCCCUUGCUCAAAGAGAUCUACACGCCCGGGCACGUAGAGCGAAGCAGACCCCGCUGCAGUACGUCAGGUCUCAUGAGCACCUCAUCCUGGAGUCAGGUGGAGACAGCAGCGAUAUCUUCGCACCUCAGCAGCAGACUCCUGGAGAACCAGGGGUGAAGAGGCGAGCCAGCGAUCCAUUCUAUGAUGCUGUCCAGACCAAUGGAGUGCACCAUGAUGAGUAUCCCCCUCAGCCGAAGCGUCCUCCCCCCUCCAGCCUGUUCAUGAACCCCUCCCCGUUCCUCUACCCCCUACCGAGCAAUGCCAGUCUGUUUGACUAUGGCCACCCUUACCAAGGAUACCAUGGCUCUCAAGGGGAAAGCAGCUUCGAAAGAAGAGACGGUGGUAUCACAGUUCGCGACGUAUCAUCAAUGAACGCAUCGUUCACUGAACCGAGGACCCUGGGGCCGGGGACGGCUGGAUCCUUGAAAGGUGAUGAUGAGUGGAAGAACAUAAACACAAUGCUGAACUGCAUACUCAGCAUGGUGGAGAAGACGAAGAGGGCGCUGGCAAUACUGCAGCAGAGAGGAGUAGAACCAACUGAAAGCAGUGAUAUAAAACGUGCAGCCAGCGAGAUCAUGGCGACGGCAGUGCGGCAGACCGAGGAGAGGGUGGCUGAAGUCAGGAGACGAGCUGAAGAUGCCGUCAACCAGGUGAAACGCCAAGCGUUAUUGGAACUCCAAAGGGCGGUUGGUGCUGCAGAGUCUAAGGCACUAGAGCUGGUGGCAGCAGAACGGGGCAAGAUGGACCGGAUGGGAGAAAGGCGGCACAGUCCUCCCCCUGGUAGGGACUUGAGUCCAAACGCAUCCGGUCAACAGAAUUGUUGCUGGAACUGCGGCCGUAAGGCUCAAGAAACUUGUUCCGGGUGUAACGCCGCCAGGUACUGCGGUGCGUUCUGUCAACACAAGGACUGGGAGAAUCAUCACCAGGUAUGCAGCGGCCGUGACCAGAAACCAACAGCAUUGCUCCGCACCUCGCCUCCUGCAACCGCAACCACUCUAGCUAAAACGUUAACCAGAUCAACCACACCAAUCACGGCAACCAGCAGCAAUCAGACACCGGUUACGGCCGGCUCAGACCGGUUACCAGACAACCGGUUGUCACUUAGCUCGUUAAAUUCCGCUGAGCGAUUGCUAUCCGUGACCAGUAAUCAAGAUAGAAGCUUAUCUUCCACUAACAGUGAGAGGAUUGCGCUGGCCACUCUGUCCUCCGCUCAGGGCCUAAUAGGAGGGAUAGGGGGGAAGAAAUGACGUCUCAACAAGGAUCAGUUAGGUUCUAUUAGGUUUCCUAGGAAGAUUAGGAGGUAAUUUUUGUUGGUGGCAAUACUUCUCCAAGUUAUAGCAGCUCAGAUUUUUUCUUGAAACAUAUUAAUGUUGGCAAGGUUUUACAGCUUCACCGGAUAGGACGCGACGGGUCUUUCUGACCUAUAUUACUUUUUGGCCUUGGAUAUAACUAGUCUAACAGCUUCACCGGACGAUAGGGGGCGAGUUCAGAUGUGGUGCACUCCAAAUCCGUGGAAGAACUUAUGGAGCGGCUGAAGGCCAACUCCCGCCUGACGGAUACGACUUUAGUUUGAGGACACCGCUAGGGGUUCGA